GACUCCGGAAAGAUAACCGGGGACCGGGUUAGAAAGUAAAAGAGGAAAACGUCGGGGCUCACGCUUGCCCACACUUACUCAAACCGUGUUCUCUCUUCUUUUCCUCUCUUCGGCGCCCCCUCCUCUCUGCCUCCCCCACCUCCAUCGUCAUAUCUGUGUCCUCUUCGGAGCCCCUCUCCGGUAGAAACCACCUUGGGCAUCGGUUGCUUUGGUCGGUGCUGGAGGCAACGUGGCUAUGGGUCGUGAAAAUUGGGAGAGACUGAUUCGAGCGACGUUGAAGAGGGAGCAGCUGAGAACCGCCGGCCAAGAUCGUGGGACCAAAACCCCAAAUUCUCAAUCAACGGCGUCGUGCAAAGGUCAGAAAACAUUGAUCGGUUCUACUAGUCAACUUUUCUCAACUUCUCUGGUGAUCCUAAACCCUUAAAAAUGCCACAUUACGCCGCCCCGGCAACUGAGUUGAGGUCUGAGAAUGUGGCAGUUUUGGCGAAGGUGGAUGGAACGGAGGAGAAUUAAUUGGCUCAUGGGUACGAUUUUCAGGGAUUCCCCACUGUCUACUUAUUCGUCGAUGGGGUUCACGGGUCUCAUACUGGUCAGAGAAUCAGGUCAUAUGAUGCUUUGCAAGGAAGCCUGUCACAACUCAGUUGAUCCCAGCCCUUGGUGUCAUUAUCAUCUUCCGAAGCUUCAUCUGGGUCGUCUGGUUCCGUUUAUGUUUACAAAGUAUUUGCAAGAUGCUUUUAAGGUUCCUCUCAUUAUACAAUUCACGGAUGAUGAGAAGUUCUUGUGGAAAAAUCUCAGCGAAGAGGAGAGCCAAUGACUUGCCCGAGAGAAUGCUAAGGAUGUUAUUGCUACAGUUUUUAUAUUGCCAAGACUUUUAUUUUCUGAUUUCUCUGAUUUUGAUUUGUGGGCGGUUGAGUGAGACAUGAGUGCAGCUUUGUCCUGAUGAUAUGUUCUCAAGUAUGCUUUCACGAAUUUAAGAUGUUUCAUCCAAUUUUAUAUCAUCUACGGUUUUAGGAAUUUCAUUGGUAUGAAUCUAUAUAUAUUCUGGAAUCUUGCUGCCAAUGAGGAACUGAUUUUGACCAAAAAAUUGACAAUGCUUAAAUGAUGUUCAAUCAUCUGGGAGCAUCUUGGAACUUGAAAUGACAACAAAAAGACUGUUGCACUUCCCUCAUCAUUAAUAGUUCUUCACAUCUCAAGUGCAAUUUGCGGUUGGUUGAUCUUUAUGGAAUGUGUAAAGAUGAAAAUCAUAGGUGUAGGAAAUCCAUUUAGUUUAUUAUACAAUUCCUCUGUAUUCAAUUUUUUUCUUUUAGAAAAAUAAUUUGGUUGCUGGAUGAUUAAGCUUGUUCCAUUACAGCCUUUCUUCCUCUGGUUGUCAUGUUGAGCCUCUGAAAGGUUUCAUUUAGCUAUAAUUAUCUUUGUAUUUCCCUUUGAUCUGGUUGUUGGUAUUCUUCAAGUUAUACACUUGGUAAUUUUGGUGCAAAAGUUUUUCCAUAUCAGCAAAAUUUCCACCGCAAUCUGAUUUUUCUUAAUUUGUCCGGAACACUGAACUUAACGUGUACAAGCAUGUGUGUGUGUGUGUCGGGGCAGAAAGCGUGGUAAAAAAGCAAUUUGCGUGUAACAGAUUUAUCCCUCAUGUCAAAAAAUGGAAAAGUUGCUUUUCUAGAUUCCUUUAUGUUUGAUCCUGAUGGAAAUUUGGAAGUUAUUAUGUAGGCUUCAUUUCUUCAUACAGGCUGUUCCGUCAUUUUCCAGUUCAUUCCUCUCCUUUUUGGGGGCAAAGCGAACCUCCGUUGCUUGAUUCCUUGUCCAAAGACCAGGUUUGUUUGUUAUAAAGCAUUUAGGUGCAAGUUAUCAAUUUUAUUGCAAACUGAAUUUUCUUAUAUGACACAAUAUAUUAAUAUCGGAUUAGAUCUACUUUUUUCUUGUAAACUUCUUGUAUUGGAUAUCAUUAUGUUACAGUUACCUUAGGGGUGGCAAUAGCAUUUGGGCAGAGUGAACAAAAUGCAAUAUUUAGUUAUCUACAAUACAAAUAAGCCAGGUCACAGUGAGGGUGGUAUAAGGUAUUAUCUAUAAUUCUUUUGGUAUUUCCGUGCUCCUAGCUAAUAUCAGGUAACAGAUAAUGUGCUUGUGUGCUUAGCGAAGUUCUGAUUCGAUAUUCUCUUUGUACUAUACAUUAUGUACUGUUUUCAAAUCAGUAAAAAUAAAUAUGAACUUUGUUGAUCA